AUGCCAGACGCGGAUACCAAUGCCCGGCGAGAACGACCGUGGCUCCUUCCAUCUAACAGGAAGGUUCGCCAUCUGCAAGCCGUAACCCUUCGCAACCUUGCCUUGUCUCAUGAAACAAACCGGCCCCGUCGAGGCACAAUUGACGAUGAUGCUCUGCCGGCCACCAAGAAGUCGCCGGCUAAGAUACUUGCCUUGCGCCAUGCCAAUAACACUAUGAUCCAUUCGAAGUCCUCCGAUGACCUCCGUCCGAUUCACGAGUCUACCUCGCCCCUGUCAAACAGUCCUGCCAAACAGCGCACCCCACCUCGUCCUUCGUUCGCCAAAUUACGCAGACGAAGCACUCUGGAAUGGGCUGCCUCAACCUCGCAACAACGUCAGAGACGCCUACACGAUGUGUCUGCCCAGAGAAUGGCCGACUUGUUCUACUCUAUACACAUUCCCAAUCAACAAGACCCAAUCUAUGUCAGCGAGGUGGCUGAGAAAGCCAUGAACCCCAACUUCAGAAACAUACACUUUGACUCGAACAAUCCUCAACUCCUGAGACUGGAUGAGUUGACCCUCAAGUUCUGGGCAAAGAGCGAGGCCAUGUCGCAAUACUGCUUGUUGAUAGACAUGACCUUGAGCAUGCGUUCGCUACAGUUCAUCGGCAAGAGUCUAUCAAGCUUCCAUCACCCUUUUCCACCAAACUGUAUUGUGUUUCAUCUGACCGAUGGCUUCUAUACUGCUUUCACCGAUGCUCGAGUCGAAGAGCCCUUGAAUCCUUUUCAUGACGGCCCAGCGAAGUUGACGACCUCUCGCACAUUGCCAACUUCAUCCUUUGAUGCUCUCUUACGCCUCUCCAAACUCGAUGACAGCGUUCAGGAUGCCUUGGCCUUGAGGAUACAGCUCGCUUCCGAGCUGGAACAGACAUUGCAAGACAACAAAACGUCGCUGGAUGAGAAGACCCAGCUUGCGGAAACGACCGAUUUCCUCAAAACCAUCGACUUUGCUACGGCAACCGUAAAGAAGCAACUCAAAGCACUAGAACAGAAACGCGAUCAAAAACGCAACUCUCUCCAGAACCGUAGAGACUUGAUUGCACGCGAUUCUGCACUGCGAAAGGAAAUAUUGACCCAAAUCCUCAAUGGCAAAGACGCCGUCUCAGACCUGUCCACUCGACAGACCAGCGUGAAAGCAUCAAUUACCCAACAACGCCGCCGCAUCGCCCACGACCUCUCCAAAAUCUACCCAAUAGCGCCCGUACCGAACCAAAGCCUCGCCUUCACAAUCCGUGGCAUGCACCUCCCAAACUCAGAAGCACUAGACACCGCAACACCUGAGUCUCUAGCCGCAGCCCUCGGCCACGUCAGCCACACCAUCCAGCUCCUCUCUCUCUAUCUCGGCGCUGUGCUCCCCUACCCCUGCCGACCCCGCAGCAGCACAUCCACAAUCCUAGAUCCAAUCUCCAUCCUCAACACCACCGCCACUGCUUCCAAAGCACCCUCUGAUGAACUUGCCGCGAGAACAUUUCCUCUGUUUGCAAAAGGUGCUGUGCGGUUUCGGUUCGAGUAUGGAGUCUUCUUGCUGAACAAGGAUGUGGAGAUCUUGUUGUCUACGCAUUUUGGGGUCAGGGUGUUGGAUAUCAGACAGACAUUGCCAAAUCUGCUGUAUGUAUUUUAUUGCGCGACGGCUGGUGAUGGGGAGUUGCCUGCGAGGAAAGCUGGUGGUGUUAGGGGGUUGAUGAGAAUGAAGGCACAUGGACGUGCCAGUGCUGAAGAGGAGAGAUGA